UCUACUCAUUGCACUAGUGCAGCGAAAAAGUACAGACCACGCACUUCUUACGAGCUCACAUAUUGGUGACCGUCAGUUUGUCCAGUCUCUCUCGAAGGGUCUCUAGAGAAAAAAUCGGUGUCAGCCAAAAUGAAUGGCGUCGCCGCUCUCAGGCUUCUCUCUGCUAAACUAUAUCUAAUUAGCAGUCUAGAUAUUAUAUAGAAGGCUGUGUUUAAUACGUGUAGUGUGUGUAUGGUAUAUUAUAUUAUUGACAUACGAAGGUAAGGUGUCACAAUUUAUGAAAAGGAAUGAUAAUCAUUUCUGAGGAAUGACUAGUGUCUUAUCCGAUGCGUCAUAUAUAAUUCAAUGAUAUAACUAAUUGGACAGCAGCAUCCUUUCCCGAUGUGUGAUUGAUGAUGGAACGAUAAAGUAGUAUUUGCUAAUAAAUCGGUAAAUUUAUAAAAUAAUAUAAAAAUGCCGAGUUCAUAUCUAUACGCUAUUAACAAUGAAGGACGUGUGUUCGGACUGUCAACGUCUGGAAACAUGUGGCGUGAGUUCAUGUAUUUAGGUCUGGAAUUUAAGCAGCUGUCGGCAGUGCCUCAUUUUAUGUGGGCCAUUGGUGGAGAUCGCCAAGUUUACGUUCACGUUCACGGCCUAGACAUACCGAUCAGGAUAAAAGAGGAAACUUAUGAAAAUGAGCGGUGGCUACCUUUAGAAGGUUUUAGUGGAAGAUUGCUUCCAACCGACAGAUAUAAUUUUUCAAAUCAAGAUGGUACAGUUGAUCGCAGCAGAGACAAGGUGAAGUUACCAUCAAUGGCAUGGCAAUGGGAAGGUGAUUGGCAGAUAGAAACAACAUUAGAUGGUCAACCAUUAGAUCACGAUGGAUGGACGUACGCAAUUGAUUUUCCAGCUACAUACACUACAAAAAAGCAGUGGAAAUCUUGUGUAAGGAGACGUAAAUGGGUCCGUUAUCGGAGAUAUAGUGCUAUGAAUUCGUGGUGCGCUAUUGCGCCCCUUCAUAAAGAUCCAACCAAGGAACCUUUUAUCGAUGUAGCUGUGGGUGGAAAUGUAAUGCCUGGAGGUAGUCCUGGAAGCUUGGUAGUCUGGGCUGUAACUGCUCAUGGAAGGGUAAUGUUCCGCGUUGGAACAAGUACAACUUGUCCUGAAGGACAAAGGUGGAGCUCCAUCAAGUUGACAAAUGGCUACGAAGUGUGUCAAAUUAGUGUUGGAAUAACUGGUCUUGUCUGGGCUGUGGUUAUGAUGGGCAAAGCGUUAGUCCGUACGGGUGUAACGAGAGACAAUCCAAUGGGUGAUGAUUGGUCAGAAGUGGAACCACCCCAAAAAGAUUUAAGACUGAUACAAGUUAGCGUGGGUACCGACACCGUAUGGGCUGUAACGCACGACGGUGGAGUAUGGUUUCGAAAAGGUAUUAAAGGCGAAAUGAGCGGUGUUUGCGAGCAAUUGGCCACUGGAACUGGUUGGGUCGAAAUGUUAAGCAAAAUGGCCCUAGUAUCUGUUGCUCCAAACGAUCAGGUUUGGGCUAUCGGUCAUGACGAUCGAUGUUUGUAUUAUCGCACUGGCAUCACACGCUCGGAAUUAACGGGAAAAAAGUGGAGAUUAAUAAACGCACCGCUUCAGCUGAGCAGAGCAAGCAGCAAUGCCAGCUUGUCGUCUAGCAAUAGGCACAGCACAUGUGGUACACCGCAGCAGCAGCGUCAUCAGAGCUGGAGUUCUUUGAAUCGGCCUCACAGCACUAGCGAAGGUACAACAUUAGUUAGAGAAUGGGAAGAACAAUCGCGUUCAGCACCAACACCCACAUCUUUAAAAUUGUGGCAACGCACCGGUGAUGGUGCAUCCGCAAAAAAUAUUCAACAAACAUCUUUUCAAGAUAUAUAUUUAAAUGAAGAGAAAAAGAGGUCUGCAAAUUCCGUAGACGCAGGUGAUCUGAACGAAGCGAGUGUUGCUAGCAUAACUAUAUCUAAUGAAUCUUUAGCAAAAAGUGGAGAGUCCAUAGUCGUUUCGGGGAAAGGGAUGAGUAGUACUGUCAAGAUAAAUCCUGCCGCUUGGAGUCCCGUUCAUUCUGUCGGUUCCAUGGUAGGUGUCGAAGCGCAUCCGGAAACUGACGGGAGCAUAUUUGAUCCAGAUUUAACCGGGGAUUCUGGAGUAUACGGUGAAGAUGAGAGUGCGGGAAUAAUAUACUGGGCCGAGUGUGAUGUGUUGUGGCACAAAGUGGAAGCUGGGGCAUGCUACGUCGAUCCGAUCAAUCCACCGAAAUGGAUUGCGGACAGCAAUGGUACAAUACAAAGGGAAACUGGGGAGCCGUGGAGAAUAUAUAUUUUAGAUGAAUUAAAGUCGAGGUUGAAAAGAGUAUUACUCGAUUCUUCAAUAGUGUAUGAAAGAGCCGUCGAAAAAUCAUCUUGGGUUAAGACUGGCGACGCUAAAUGUAAAAUUAAAGGUGGCACCUUAUACGAAGAUUGCAAGAUCGAACUGGAAUGGAUAAGCAGUGAUACUGGAUCAUUAGAUUCCGGGACCUUGAUCAUUUUAAAUUCAGAUGGCGUAACAAGCGUGAUACAAUUUCCUGUCUCGGAAAUUACAUGUGUUGUUUGCUGCAGUGAGCCAGGUAAUCCAAGGAUAGCGGUUUACACCCCGAAAUUGACUCGCUCCAAAGUAAUCAGGUUACAGUUUGCUACUGAUACUGAAAUGGAAGAUUGGUUGGCACAUUUGACGUCAGUAUCUUGUCAGAUGAACAAUGUGUACUGUACACCUAAUCCAAAUUCGAUCUGGGUCACAACCGCACUGGGCGAUGUUUAUGUAUUCGAUCCUGCGAUUGCAGAGGAGUAUCAGCUAUCCGAGGACGGAUACGUACAAGAAAUGGACGUUAGCGGUAAAGAUUUGCCGUUCGAGAGCAUACUGCAAAAUGGCUUUGGGUGCGGUAGUAGCUUGAAAAUUGCAGUGUGUAUCCACGACGACGCCGACAGGUUGCAUUUCAAUUUGGUUUGUUACACUACAACGUUCGUGAAACAAAAAGCUGUGACAGAUAAUCACGACGUAGCACUUCAUUUUAAUCCAAGACUCAAAGAAAAUAUUAUUGUACGGAACACAUAUCAGAAUGGACAGUGGGGGGAUGAGGAAAGAAACGGAGGUAGUCCAUUGAAGGCAGGCUGUGACUUCACGCUAUAUAUCGUUUGCGAAGAACGCGGUUAUAGAAUUUUUAUUAAUGAUAGCGAAUAUACCUUUUAUAGCCACAGAAUAUCUCCGCAAAGUAUCACGCAUUUACGCAUUAAGGGACUGUUGACUUUAUGUAAUAUCACAUAUAAAUCUACAUCCGUAAUUAUCGAGCCGAGCACGAUGUUUUGGAGACAAAUUGGCGGACACCUGAAAAAGGUUGAAACGUGUUCCACGGGCGUUACUUGGGGUAUCGGUUACGAUAGUACUGCUUGGGUAUACACGGGUGGCUGGGGAGGCGCAUUUCUCAAAGGAUUGGCCACUAGUAAUACCGGAAUCAAUACUAUGGUGGAUACUCACAAUUAUUACGUUUACGAAAAUCAACGUUGGAAUCCAGUAACUGGAUAUACCGCGCAUGGACUCCCUACGGAUCGUUAUAUGUGGAGUGACGCGACCGGUCGGCACAAAUGUACGCGAGAGCAUACCAAGUUAUUGUCGAUGCACUGGCACUGGGUAUCGGAUUGGAUUGUCGACUUUCAUACACCCGGUGGUGUUGACAGAGACGGUUGGCAAUACGCCACCGAUUUUCCUUCGCAAUAUCACGGCAAAAAACAGUUUACCGAUUACGUUCGACGAAGACGAUGGUUUAGAAGAUGUCAAUUGACAACCAGUGGGCCGUGGCAAGAGCUGGGAAAUACCAAACUCGUCGAUGUCUCCUUAUACGCAACAGGAAAACCUGCCACAGACACUCCUAUUCAUGUCUGGGCAGUUGCUGCGAACGGUGAAGCUUUAUUCAGGCGAGGUGUGUCGGAGUCUUGUCCAAUGGGGGUGUCAUGGGAACAUAUACCGAGUGAUCAACCGUUAAUUAGUAUAUCGUGUGGCCCGUGUGGACAAGUUUGGGCUGUCGGAAAAAAUGGUUCCUCCUGUUGGAGAUUAGGGAUCAGUGCUGCGAAACCAACUGGCAUACAAUGGCAAAACGUCGAGCCACCUUCAGGAGCUCAAUUGAAGCAGAUUUCGGUGGGAUACGAUGUGGUAUGGGCAUUAGAUACAGCGGGUAGAUUGUCAGUGCGUCGGGACGUACAGUCGAAUGUUUUUCCCGAAGGAACUCAUUGGCAAACAUUACCCGCUAUGCCAAAUGAUCCUAUUCAUAUAGAUAUGUCAGUGGCAAAUGCUAAGCAAGGAUUCCGACAUGUAUCCGUUUCAAGGGGACAGGGACAAGUUUGGGCAACGUCAGGAGCUGGCAUUAUCUGUCGAAGAAUUGGUGUUACUCAUGAGAAUCCAGCUGGAACUGGCUGGGUAACUGGUAUAGGAGCAAACUGGCAAAAUAUAAGUCUCGGAGGACUUAUAAAUAAGACGAAAUGACUGCGAUAGAUCUAAAAUUGACUAUGCUAACAUAAAGUAAUUAGCAAUUUUAUGUGAUUGCCUUGUACUAUAUAAUGUUAUGUGUGUAUAAACGUGCAUAUACAAACACGCGUCUAUGCGAUCUAUGCGGAUUAUAUUUCCAAUCUUUAAUCGUCAAUUAUAUACAAUUAAUUACUUAAGAAUUAAAAACCAACAUAUUAACAUUACCAUAUUAAACAUUUCUUUUCUAGUCAAAAACUAUAUGGAAUAUAAACACACAUAGAAAAAGCUUUAUUAAAAAUGGUAAUGUCUACACACACACGCGCGCGCGCGCGCGUAGAUAGCUAUAUAUUUUUAAUAAAGUUCUUUAUUUGAAAUAUAGACAAUAUAGAACUAUGUAGAACACACGUGCGCGUAAAUUUUACGUAUAUAUCAUUUCGAAAUUGCGAUAUAUAUAAUCGUGUAAAUUUAUUAUUUUCGUCAAAGUAUGCCUACAGGAUAAAAUAAUAAUUGUUAUAUGAACACUUUAUUAUUUUUCUAGUAUUGCUAGGACAUGAAAGAUAACAGUCUGACAAAUAGCAUCUAUGAUUAGCGCAUAACAGCACAAAAUGCUUAUAUAAAAGUAUAGUAAAAUUAAAAUUACUAUUUUGUGAUAUACGACAUUCCAGCGAUCAAAAAAAUAUGCAUGUCAGGAGUAUAAUUUCAUUGAUAAUAUAUAUAUAUAUAUAUAUAUAUAUAUAUAUAUAUAUAUAUAUAUAUAUAUAUAUUACACUUUUAUAUUAGUAUAUAUUCUUCUUUCUUAAGUUAUUCACAAUGAUCAUCACACACUAAAUCCUGGUAUAACUAAUAAAAUCUUACAGCAUGUCAUCAGUUUUAUUUUUUAUUAUUUAUCAUUUGGUAUACUAUGAUGAGAGAUAACGAUUAAGAUUCAACACAUUAGUGUAACAUAAUUAAUCUAUUUAUGAAUGUUGUCAAGUGUAUACAUUGCUAAUAUGUCGAAAAUAUUAUUCUGUAUCAAAGUAUCUCGUUUUUUCUUUUACCGAUGUACAAAGAGCAUAUUAUUUCUGUUUUAUAAAAAACUGUCGCGUAAUAAAGUACAUUUGCACGUU